UUUAUGAUGCUACAAAGAUAGAGAUGGUCCUCUGCCAGUUAAGUAGUCUCUGCCCAUCUGCUUCAUAAGCUGCCAAAAUGCCUAUGAAUUCUCUUCCAACAGCUAUUCUGGCUCACAUGGUGGCCAUUAACAAUGUGCCUCCUCCUCCGCUUCGCAGCAUACCUGGCCUGAGGCCAAGCAGGAGCAUUAACUAUGGUCAGUUGAAUGCCUUAUGCCACAUUAGAGAACUACAGAGCAGCCGGCAUUCUUCCCUUAAUUUGACAGCUCACGAUGAGUUCAUGAAGCAAUAUCCUCACAUAUUCAUACAUGAAAAAACAGUAUUGCCUAAAAUUUCCCAACAGGAUGAAAAAAGAAAAUGCUCUGCAAAGACAGAGGAAAAGAAAUUCCGAAUUCCUGAGUCACACAACAUAGCUGUGUAUGCCAGAAAAGCACGUGGCGGCCCUAGUCUUUAUGAUGAAGAAGUCUCUUCAUUGAAGUUUGUAGAGUUCUUAGCUAUCUUAAAGAAACUGCCAGUUCACAGAACAGCCCAAGAACACAAUGUUGUGUGGAGGAUGUUGAAGAAAAUUCCAGAGUUAGCCUCUCAGCUCAGUGACGAGCAUCUGAAAAUCCUGAGUAAGAAUGUCUUUUCUGAAACCUGGAUCAAAGGCAGCACAGUGAUUGGUGAUGAUGGACUUUAUGUCAUACUGAAGGGCCAUGCUCGACCUCGGGUAAAGGUAGUAAAAAGUCUGACUGAAGACGAUGACUCAAUCAUCUCUUCAAUAUCCAGGGAAAGCCUUGCUUUUGAUGCAGAAUUAAAAGACUCUACACGGGCUGAGCUAUACCUGCCUUCACACGAGUUUCUGCUGAGGAAGUGGGAUACCUUUGGCUCACUGGAAGUUGCUGAGGCUGAGGCGGAAACGGAUGAAACUCUGCAUUCAAUUGUGACAGAAGAUGACUGUGAAAUCCUUAAAAUCUCUGCAAAGGAGUAUGAGAAGUUAAAAUUGGAAAAAAUAAGACAUGAAAAUGUGCAAAAGUUGAAAUUAAUCCGCAAGUGUCCUUUUUAUGAAAACUGGCCUACUUUAUCUGUAUACGAUCUAGCAUCACUUAGUAAAUGGAAAGUUUUUCCUCCAGGUCAUGUGUUAGUAGAAAGUGGAACUGUCAUUUCAUUUGUUGGUUUUAUAAAUUCUGGAUAUUGUAACAUUUAUAGAGAUGUUGUGGGACUCAUGAAACAACGAUUACACAAAGUGAAAAAAACUAAAAAACUUGUUUAUAUGGGUAAACUUCGGGAGAAGGAGUCCUUUGGUGAGAUCAGCAUUCUUCUUCAAACUCCUUUCACGUGCACAAUUAUUACCGGACGAGAAGUUGAGAUGACUAUUAUCGAGGAUAAGGAUAUACUUGCAUUGGACCCAGUGACCAAGGAACUUAUGAUUCAAACAGCGAAACCAACUUUUGGCCAUCUGACAGAAGAAGAUGUAAAAAAUGAAUACAUACAAAAGGUACAAGAAAAAGAAUGGAAAUAUUUCAAGAAUAAGACAAUUAAAAGAACAUUAGAUUGUAACGGAGUCCUUCCUGGCUUUGGAAAGUGGGACCACUACUGGACAAGUAUCCCCAGGAAUCUCAAGGACACUCUUGUCAGUUAUUAAAGAUGCUGGCGUAUUAGAGCUGA